AUGUCGAGAAAUGGACAGUUUGGUCCAAAUGAAAUAACAUUUGUUAAUAAUUUUUGGGGGUCAAAAGAUGCUGGGUUUAAUAUUAUUCAAACUAAAAUUAAACAUUCAAUUAAUACCAUGCAAGAAUUGUUGGAUUACUAUCUUGAAAGAAUUAACAUUGAAAAAGAGUAUAAUAAAAAAAUUGAAAAACUUAAUAAUAAAAUAUACUUAGGCUCAAAUGAAACCGGAAGCUUGAAAAUAGCUUUAGAUCAAUUACAAUGUGAAAAUAAUUCAAUGUUGAAAUAUAACGGGAAAUUGAUUAAAUCAAUUAACCAAAUAAAUUACGAUUCUCUUAAUCAUUUUGCCCAAGUUUACUCAAAAGAAGUUGGCAAAAUAGAACAUCAUAUGAUAAAAGUUUUAAAUAAAAGAAAUGAUUCUUUGAAAAACUUGGAAAUAUUAAGAACAAAAUAUCAAGACGAAUGUGGUCAAAUUAAAUCCUGUUCUUUAGCUUGUCAAACUACCUGGGGUAAAGAAUUAGAAAAAUAUGAAAUGAAAUUAUCAAAAUUAAAAUCCAAUUCAAUCAAUAAUCAAUUGAAUUAUCAAGCCGCCAUUGACAAAUAUAAAGAAUAUAAUGAAAUUUGGAUACGAGAUUGGUCAAUCUCUUUACAAAAUUUCUAUCAAUUGGAAAUUGAAAGAAUUCAAUUAUGUAAAAUGAAUUGUUUUAAUUUUUGUAAUAAUAUUGCUACUUUAUGUGUUGAUAACGAUAAUUCAGUCGAUAAAGCAAGAUCUAGUUUUGCCAUCAUUAACCCUCCAAAAGAUUUACAGGAUUUUGCUGAAAUUUAUGGUACCGGUAAUAAAAUUUAUCAAUCUCCUAAAUUCAUCGAUUAUAUGUCAGGCUAUGAUGAUUCUUCUAAUGAAAAAAAUUAUCAAUUGGCCGAAUUCGAAACCCCUGAUUAUACCAGGGUCUUAGCAAGAACUUAUUCAACCCAUUCAAACAUGUCUCAUAUUAAUCAAUCUCCCCAACAACAACAACAACAACAACAACAACAACAACAAUAUCAAAUACCUCCAAUUCCAACAGUGACUAAACCAUCUCCGGAAACGUUACCUCCUUCAAUAUCUUCUCCCUCGAGUCAAGCCACUCAAAUUCAAACAAUUGAUCAAUUGUCUCCCGUUCAAUCAAAUUCUUCUCCGCUAACUCAUCAUCCAACAACUCCAAGAUCUUCCCAUCCUUUACAAACUCCACCAUUUGGCUCAAAUGCUUUACAAAAUAAUAAGGUCGAUUUACCUCCUCCAAGUCCAACAAAUUAUAAUUAUAAUCAACAACAUCUUCUUCAUAGGAAAACCAAUAGUAACCUUCAUUUAACCUCUCCUCUGCAAAUCCGUAGGAGAGCCCCCACUGAUGGUUCACAAUAUAGUAAUUUUGAUGAUAAUCAAGAUGUUUUUUCAAUUAAAGAAAAUAACUUUAAAAAUUCAAAUGGAUCCUCUAAUUCUUCAAAUCCAACUAGAUAUUCAGAUAGUGGCUCAAGUCAAGAAAGAAAUUGGGCUAGUCCUCGUAAAGGUAAACAAUUACAUCAAUUUCAAGAACAAAUUAAUUUAAAGUCAAAAGAAGGUACUUCUUAUAAUAAAAACUUAAAUGUUUUAAAUCAACCAAGCAAUAAACCUGCCGUUCCAAUUUCAAAAGAUUUUUCUUUUGAUUUCAUUGCAAAAGCUUUGGAAGAUAUAAGUGCUGGUGGUGAUGGUGAUAUGACUAAAUAUAGAAAAUCAGUAAGAAGAGCUAAAAAGGAAGAAGAAGAUAGAAUUAGAGAUGAAGAAUACAGGAAAUCAAAUUCAAUCCCAAAUAGUCCUUUCAAACCGGCUUCGGAUUUCAUCGAUGAUUCAACAGAAGUGGCUACGAGAUAUGAUUCAAUAAGUUUUGCUUCUCCUAUUCAUAUAAAUUCAUCUCCAAAAUCAAAUAAAAAUAUUCCUACUUCCAGAUCCGGUCCUCCUAAGAGAAUAAGACCAAAAUCAAUGUUGGAGCCAGUUUUAAAUGAUGACUUAUAUAACGAAGAUCUGAUUGGUACUACAAUUGUUAAUAAACCAAUGCCUUCUCCAAACCAACAACAACAUUUAAUGUCUCCUAAAAAGGCUCCUUCUUCAAUCUUUCACAAAGCUUCUAAAUCUUUCACUGAUCUUCAUUCAAUGUUAGCUGAUGAUACCGUUGAAAAAUCCACUCCAAUCACUCGUCAACCUUAUAUUGCUAAGGCAAAGGCAAGAUAUUCUUUCAAAGCUCAAAAUCAUAAUGAAUUAUCCUUUAAAAAAGGUUGGUACAUGUACAUUGUUCAUAAACAAGAUGAUGGUUGGUUUGCAGUGGAAUUAGGCAAAAAUUCUAAUGAUCGUGUGGGUAUGUUUGGUCUUGUCCCCGGCAAUUACCUUGUUGAAGGUGAUCAUAUCUUUUAAUUCUUCUUAUUUAGUUUCUAAUUUGCAUCUUUUCAAUUAUUCAUUUCAAAUCUUGUGUUUCUACUUCUUUUUUUUUUUC